GGAACCUUACUUUUUUCCAGAAUGGAAACCCACCUACUGCUUUGUGUUUUGUUACUGACUCCUGCCUUUGCAUCAUCAUCCUUUUGGGAAACACAUGUCAGAAACAUCAAGAAGCGAAACGCUGAUAAUGACUUGAUUGUCAACGGGAUAGAAAUCUACAGCAUGAAAAUUGAUAGUAAAGUAACUUCCCGAUUUGCCCACAAUGUCAUCACCAGUCGAGCUGUCAAUCGUGGAAAUGUGCACAAAGAAGUAGUCUUUGAUGUUGAACUCCCUAAGACAGCCUUCAUUACCAAUUUCAGCAUGACAAUUGAUGGUGUCACUUACCCUGGAAUUAUAAAGGAAAAAGAAGCUGCAAAAAAGCAGUAUGAGAAGGCUGUUUCAAAGGGACAGACUGCUGGUCUUGUCAAAGCUUCAGGAAGAAAAACUGAAAAAUUCACAGUCUCAGUCAACAUUAAAGCAGGCAGUAAAGUCACUUUUGAACUCACAUAUGAGGAACUGCUGAAGCGACAGUUUGGAAAAUAUGAGAUGUUCAUCAAAGUAAAACCUAAGCAGCUUGUCAAAGAUUUUGAGAUUGCAGUAAAUAUCUUUGAGCCCCAGGGUAUCACUGAACUGGAAGCAGAGGGAACAUUCAUCACCAAUGAUCUACAAAACAUUAUUAAAAAAACUUUUUCAGAGAAAAAGGGGCAUGUCUCUUUCAAACCAGCUCUUGAUCAGCAGCGAACCUGCGCAAAUUGCUCACAGUCUGUCUUGGAUGGGGAUUUUACUGUUAGAUAUGAUGUGAAGAGAGCAACUCCAGACAGUUUGCAGAUUGUCAAUGGCUACUUUGUACACUUCUUUGCACCGACAAAUCUUCCAAAGUUGCCCAAGAAUGUUAUUUUUAUAAUAGAUAUUAGUGGCUCAAUGUCUGGAAGAGAAAUACAACAGACAAGAGAAGCACUCCUAAAAAUCUUAGAUGACAUUAAAGAAGAUGACUUCUUCAAUUUCAUACUGUUUGGUAGUGAUGUACACACCUGGAAAGAAACAUUAAUCAAAGCCACUCCUGAGAAUUUGGAUGAAGCAAGGAAGUUUGUUCGGAGCAUUGACACUGAAGGCAUGACAAAUUUAUAUGGUGGUAUAAUGAGGGGAAUUGAUAUGCUGAAUGCUGCUCAUGAAGGAAAGCUUGUGCCCAAGAGAAGCGCUUCUAUAAUUAUCAUGUUAACAGAUGGCCAACCAAAUGUAGGCAUAUCAAAUACACAGGACAUUCAGGCACAUGUUAAAAAAGCCAUUGAGGGAAAAUAUACCUUAUACAAUCUUGGUUUUGGCUAUGGUGUUGACUACAACUUCUUGGAGAAGAUGGCGCUGGAGAAUAAAGGAUUGGCUCGUCGGAUUUAUCCUGACUCUGAUGCAGCCUUACAGCUCCAGGGGUUUUAUGAUGAGGUUUCAAAUCCCAUGCUCACAGAUGUGGAGUUGAACUACCCAGAAAAUGAAAUAUCAGACCUAACUAAAAACAGUUUUAAGCAUUUCUAUGAUGGGUCUGAGAUUGUGGUGGCUGGGCGUUUUAUAGACAACAACCAAAACUAUUUGGCUGUAGAUGUGAGAGGUGAAGGCGCUAAUGAUGCCCUGUCAUAUACUACACACCAAGAUGCUGAGCAAACAGCUAAAGCUUUCCAGGAACAAGAAUACAUAUUUGGAGAAUACAUUGAAAGGCUCUGGGCUUAUCUCACCCUUGAACAACUCCUGGAAAAACGUAUUGCAGCUACAGGAGAAGAAAAGGAGAAUCUUACAGCUGAAGCCCUGGAUCUCUCACUAAAAUACAAGUUUGUAACACCACUGACAUCCAUGGUGGUAACAAAGCCAGAAGACUAUGACAAUCAAGAUGGGAUUGCUGAUAAGCCCAUUGAAGGUAAAGUAAAAUUGUGAAAAUGUCUAUAUUUGAGAAACCAGGUGUUCCUUUCAUCACACCCCACAUGGUAUACUAUUGAUGGAGAUCCACACUUCAUUGUACCAGUGCCACAAAAAGAUGACGCCAUUUGUUUCAAUAUCAAUGAAAACCCGGGUACUGUGUUAAAUUUAAUAAGUGAUCCAGUUACAGGCAUCACAGUCAAUGGAGAACUCAUUGGUGAUAAGAGAGCAAAUAAUGACACAAAGAUCCAAAACACAUACUUUGGGAAAAUUGGCAUUGCAAAUAAGUACCUGCAUUUACAACUGAUAGUAACUCCUGAGAAGAUCACAAUUAAGAAUGGCAAUGAAAAAACAGGUUUCACCUGGCUUGACUCAGUCACCGUGCAACAAGAUGGUUUAACUUUGACAAUUAAUAGAGAAAAAAAUCUGGUGCUUUCAAUGGGCAGCGGUGUCUCGUUUGUUAUUGUUUUGCACCAAGUAUGGAAGAAACAUCCUCUCCAUCAAGAUUUCCUAGGACUGUAUGUAUUGGAAAGUGAUAAACUGUCUGAACAGACCCAUGGAUUAUUAGGACAGUUUUUCCACCGCAUUGACUUCACUAUACUUGAACUUCAUCCUGGGUCUGAUCCCAAGAAACCAGAUGCUACAAUGAUUGUUAAAAAUAAUGAACUGACGGUAACAAGGGGCUGGCAGAAGGAUUACAGAACAGAUCCUAAGCACGGCGUUGAUAUUCCUUGCUGGUUUGUUCAUAACAAUGGAGCUGGGCUGAUAGAUGGUGUUCAUACAGACUAUAUUGUUUCCAGUCUGUUUUAAACAGCUACAACUUCCUCCAAAUUCAUGGGCAUACAGAGUAUUUGUCUGAAAGAAUAGUAUUUUUUGUGUUUAAAAACUAUUAACAUUACAUAAACUUACCAUGUUUGGCAAUGCCAAGAUAAGACGGGUUCUCACAGAGAGUUUUGCUGCAUAUUCGAUCAAAUCUCAAGGGCUAAACAGCUAUUCUCCUUGUGGACAGAUAACACUUAUCCCCCGAAAUAUCCUCAUUUUACUGAAUUAAUCUACUAGUUUUAAAACUGUGACUUAAAAUUCUACUUUGUAAAAUGUAACAGAAAUGUUCUAACCAAUUUUAAAUCAAGAAUUGAGUGUCAGGAGCAAUUUAAAUAAAAAGACUAGUACUUAA